UAAUUCAAUGAUCUGGAAACAGCUUCUUUCAGCCAUGUGAGACACUGUGAUUGAUUUGAAUUCAGUCGAGGGGAUGCAAUUGAUGAAAAUGUUCGUGGACUGUCCACUUUCAAAUCCUGUCCUCUCCGUCCGUAUUUACAUUCGAGGAAGAAAUAGAUAGUUGGUAGCAGCCAUUCAAACCUAUUCCGCAACUUCGCGCUGUAGUUCUUCCACUCUGAUUCCAUGGAGAAGCCAAUCUCGCACAUUGCUUCAAACGUCGCCUUUUGCACACAGCGUAACUAUACUGUCAACAGUUGAUGCAAUUAGCGAGGUUCUCAAUUGAGCUUGUGUAUAAUAUAUACUUAUUGGGUGGCCGGGUGCUCCGUACAAGAGGGAAGGCAGAAGCUGAAAGUGUGGAAACAAUUUUGAGGAUAUGGCGGAUAGCGUGCGCAGACAGUUAAGAGAUGGGGUUACCGAAGGAGAGCAGGUUCCUGUUGUUUAUCUACAGGAUUCGUUGGAGACAACUGCGGGUGUACACAUUUUAAAACAUUUUUUGAAUGGUUUAUGUGAGAACGUAUCAAGAGGCCGAGCUCAAGCCAAGGGUAUUGUCACAGUGGCGAUGGAACGGCCUUUUGGGUUCUUCAACGAUGUAGUUUCGUCUCGCCAAAAGGAUUCAUCGUCCGCAGACUGGUUUCAGGUCCUCGACUGCUACAGUGAUCCACUAGGAUGGGAUAACAGUACCGAAGGUGGAGUUGAUGUUACACCUCUAAAGCAAUCAGCAUGCUGCCAGGACAUUCGCAAUCUACAGGCCCUCACAUCUUUGAUUCUUCAGCGCGGCAUAGCAUCACUUGGUCACCAAACAUCCGAAAGAUUUGCAGUAUUAUUUGAUUCUAUAAGUACCUUGUUGAGAUUUCAUACCUUACCAGUGUUAAUGAACUUCCUCAACGGGCUACGCUCUCAUGAAUCUGUGUCUGCCCUUCUCUUCUUGGUGCACGCCGACUUACACGAAGUCAGAGACUUAUCCACAUUUGAAUAUUUCGCAUCAACUGUUAUUUAUUUGACUCCAGUCUCCGAGGUGCAUAUUGAGGGUAGUGAGAACAACUGUCAAGACGGAGGUAGUGUACGAAUCAGGCAAAAGCGCAGGAAUGGCAGAGUUCGUGAACAGGUUGAGGGUUUCCUCCUAGGUCCUUCUCUCGUUACUUUUGUCCCUGUGGAGAAGCUCUUUACUCCACUUCAAAGUGGGAAAAGUACUGCACCCAAGGUUCAAUUUAAUCUUGAAUUGACAGAAAAAGAGCGUGAAGAUCGUGCAAAUGUGAUUCUGCCUUUCGAACAUCAAGGUAACGGUUCGGAAGUUGAAAUAUACGAUGGCAGGGAGGGUUCAAAGCUGGCAAGCCGGCUUCUGGUAGAUAAGAGCACCAAGCCCAAAAGUUCGCAGUUCACGAACCAUGAUGUGUCCGUUGACAACAAGACUUACGGAGAAAUCCAUUACCUACGAGAUUCGGAUGAUGAGUUGCCGGACUCGGACGAAGACCCAGAUGACGAUCUAGACAUUUAGUUCUAAGACUGGGCCUCUUCGUUUACAUGCGAAAAUCAUCCUUGUAUAUAAGGUUUAAGCAGAUAACUUGCUGAUUGGAUAUUUGAAUGAGACGUUGAAUUGCAAUAAAUUGCCAGCUUCAGGGU